UGUGUAUUUAGUUAUUCACAGUAAAUCUGUCAAGAAGGAUGGCUCAACCGACCAUGCUGUUUGCUAUCGUAGGUCUACUAGUAGUUGCUGGAGAAAUACUGGCUGGUCCAAAUUCUACUACAGGAUGCAACUGUGGCUUUGGGUACGAACUGCUGGAGCAUCGUCUGGAGCAAAUGGAACUAAAGAAGCAAAAGGAAUUUGAAGUUCAGAAUGAUCAUUUGGAAAGUAUGGUCAAAGGUUUGACCGUCUUGACUCAGCAAACCAGCCAAGUGUUAAACCGUCAAAUAAAUCACCAAAAGCGCAUCAUCGAAUCCUGCGAGGACGUCACCACUUCGGGAAGGUUUCGUCUCCAGUUGCCAAAUCAGCCAACUCCAAUCACCGUAAUCUGUGAAAUGGAACCCUUAGACGGGGGCUGGCUAGUGAUUCAGCGUCGCUCCCCAGGUUCCAUCAACUUCAACCGGAGCUGGACCGAGUACCGGGAAGGGUUUGGGAACGCUGGCCAGUUUGGAGAGUUCUGGCUAGGGCUGGAGACGAUCCAUCAGUUGACAAAGGCGGGAGAUCAAGAGCUGUUGGUGCAGCUGAAGAACGAAACCGGCCAUUACGAGUAUGGUCGCUACAAGCGGUUCCAGGUGGCCGGAGCAGACCAACGGUACAGGUUGUCCCCCUUGGAAGAGUUUAGCGGGGCGAUUGGAGAAAAGUUGAACAUUAGCAGGGAUGAGGCGUUUUCAACCUACGACAAAGACAACGAUCAGUGGACCGAUGGAAAUUGUGCCCAGAAAUAUGGUGGUGGAUGGUGGUUUUACAAGUGCGGUUACACGUUAGUCAGCUAA